AUGGCCGCCCUGUCUCUUGGAGCGGACGCCAGCUCUAUGGGAAUCAUGUUUAAGGUCCGGCGCCUCCUCUCUGCGAAGGAGGUGUCUGAGAAGCAGGUGCUUUUCAUAGGCGGCAGCAUGCGCGUGGUGGGACUCUUUUCCCUCAGCGGCCCGCUGCUGGCGGCGGAGCGCGAGUUGGCGGCGCAGGGAAGGAGCUCCGAGCGUUUGGGCAGCUGGUGCCCGUCCCUGGACAUGGCGAGGCGGCCUGAGGUCGCCCAGCCCGCCGAGUUGGAGCAGCAGCCCUUGGUGAUGGUAUUGCUGGACGAGGAGGAAGCUUGA